AUGUAUGGGCAGAAAAGUAAGGAACGAGAGCGUCCCUAUCUUCGGGACCCUGAUGACCCCGAAUAUAUCAAGGAUCUGCAAAGACCGGCAGUAAUCAAAGAGGAUUUGUCAGAGAUGGAGAGACGGAAAAGAGUGCAACAGAUACUCGAAUCAAAAUCAUUCUGCCACGAGCUGGAGGAAGUUAUUCGACAGGAGUGUGACACUGCGAAAACGGAUCCCGAUCACUUGCAAGUCCUUCAAAAACUUUCGGACCUUACCGUUCCUCAGGGGAAUAUGUCAUUUGGAAAUCUACACACAUACGGUGGGAACACUAUAGCUAUUGCGGAUCUUCGUGGAAAUGACACGUAUUCAAAAGUAGAACGUAUUCAAAGAAACAAGUUAGCAUGCUUGUUUCGUUUAGCUGAUUUAUUUCAGUGGUCUCAAGGAAUUCACAAUGAAAUUUCGUACCGUACAAAUGAUGAAGAGAACACGUUCCUGAUGAAUCCAUAUGGACUCCUCUACCAUGAAAUUACUGCUGCAACCAUUGUUAAAAUUGAUGAAAAUGGGAAAAUUCUGGAUUGCGGUGCAUUGAAAGCUGGAGUUAAUCAGCCAGCAUUUCUCCUUCAUUCUGCUAUCUACAAAGCUCGUCCAAUGGUUAGAUGUGUUCUCCAUAUGCACACUGCGAUUGUUGCAGCCGUUGCCAGCAUGAAAUGUGGUCUUCUGCCUCUUUGUCAAGAAGCGAUGGUCAUUGGGCCUGUUGGAUAUCAUGAUUAUCACGAUAUUGGUGAUGAUGAUAUUCCGUUCGAUGAACUCGUCGAAAGUCUCGGAGACAAAAAUGUCCUUUUUCUCCGCAACCAAGGAUUCCUUGUUGUCGGUGACACUAUCGAGCAUGCAACUUUUCUAGCCAACAACACUGUGAUAGCAUGUGAAACUCAGGUUCUGCUGAUCAGAGGAGAAGGAUGUUUUGUUGUUGGAGAGUCCGUUGAGGAGACAGCUAUAAUUAUGCGCAACUUGGUCACGGCUUGUGAUCACCAGGUACGUGCUGCAAGGGCUGGACUUGACAAUCUGAUCAUUCCGGACGAGAGAGCUAUUCAAAGAGCUUUUCGUAAUUCUAAAAAUACUAAUUCCCUGAAAAGAAACGGAACUGUUGAUUGGAGAGUUGGAGAAUUAGAAUGGGAAUCUUGGAUGAGAGUUCUGGAUCACGCGAACUUCCGGACAGGACAUGUCUAUCGCCAGCCACAACUCCGGCCAAAGUCUGCAAUGUCUACUUCUAUGGUGAAUAACAAUGAUGUCGCUCUUCCUCCAACUACGUCAGCAUACGGACAAAUUGAUGAGACCAACUUGGAGAGUGUUUCUGCUCAUCGUCUCGCUUUGUUGCGUAAGGAACAAGAACGGGUUCGUUGGUUGAAUAGUCCAAAUGCAUAUCAGAAAGUGGAGUUCAUGGAGUAUGGAGCUGAUAAUCCUAAAAAAGUGACAAAGUGGGUUCAUGAUGUGAACGUACCAUCUGCAAGUGGAACACCGGUCAAGAUAAAUAGUGUUCAUCAAUUUAGUCCAGCAUCUACAAAUCCUAAAGAAUUCAAAGAGAAACAGAAAGCAAUUAAAGAAAACAAUCGUUUGGGAACGGUUACCGCAGGACCACAAAGUCAAAUUUUGGACCAUGUUACCUACGAAGACAUCUCUUUGUUAGUCAAACCAAGUUCCGACGGAACCGUUGGACAAAGUUCCACUAACGACCGAGCAAUUCUUAUCGGAACGGCUAGUAAGGGAAUCAUUGAUAAGCAAUAUCAAAACCACACGCAAGUAUACCAUCAAAUUUAUGCACCGAAUCCAUUCUCAGUUGAGACAGAUGAAGAUAUUAGGAAAUAUGUUGCCAUGGUGAAAGCUAAGAAUGCUAUGGGAACACCGUUCUCGUCUGCGAGAACCGCUAUGAGUUACUCACAAUACGAUGAUUGUGAAGCAGAUACGGUUUCGUUAAUGCAAGGGGUCCGAGAGCAUAAACUUUCGCAAGCCGCUUUGAGUGCAUCUGAUGAUGGAUUGAAUGCAGGAAUUUCCCCUGUCACAAAUAACGGUGACCACUCUUUCCCCAUGUCAAUGUCACCCGAAUUAAGUGAGAAACCCAACGAGAAACCGAGUCUGGAAGCGCAGGGAACAAGUGAAGGUAAUACAACAUCUCGAUCUUGCACAACUGCUUCUGAGGAGGAGGUAAGAGUCCAAUCUGAUUCUGAAGAAAUAGAAAACGUCUGA